GACAGUGAAUCAUCCAUGAGUGAAGACACCGGCCUGGGAAGUGAGGAGAGCAACUCGUACCUUGCGGCGCUGCUCUCCCUGGCGCAGCAACACAUCCCUGGGGCGAGGCUGGUGGAGGAGUCUGGGCGCGAGGCGGUGCUCAACCUGCCGCAGGCGGCUGCCAAGGACAGCAGCCUGGCCGUCUUCCUGGCCGAACUGGACAAGAGGCUGAGCGAGCUGGGCGUCAGCAGCUACGGCCUGUCGGACAGCACUCUUGAGGAGAUCUUUUUACGAGUGGCUGAGGAAACAGGGGUCGAUGCUGACCCAGAGCUGCAGGCUGAGUCUCCCAGCAGGCAGCAGCCGUCAGCCGGGCAACGGGUGGAGAGGCAAGAUGCUGAAGAGCCAGAAACAGGAAGGAAAAGGCUUCGUAAGCAAGAACCUCAAGAGACGGACCUGCUGAGUGGAGAUGGCCGAGGGGGGGUCCCGCUGACGGGCUGGUGGCUGACCUGGCAGCAGCUCAGGGCUCUCUUUAUUAAACGCUGGCUUUACGCUCGAAGAAGCCGCAGGGGCUUCUUUGCUCAGAUUGUGCUGCCGGCUGUGUUCGUGCUGAUCGCCCUGCUCUUCAGCCUCAUCGUUCCUCCCUUUGGGAAGUAUCCCUCCCUGCAGUUGCAGCCCUGGAUGUACGGGGAACAGUUCACCUUCUUCAGCAAUGAUGAACCUGGGAACCCGGCCAUGAAGAAACUACUGGAAGCUUUGCUGGACCAGCCAGGUUUUGGUACCAAAUGCAUGGAGAGAGAGGACAACAGCACGAUUCCUGUGUGUGAAGACGAGCGGGGGGGCCUGUUCAUGCGGCCUCAGUUGUCUUAUACUUCCUGGCAGAUGUUCAGCAGAGGCAACUGGAGCAGACACAAACCGUCGCCUGACUGUCAGUGUAGCACAGAGGACGUCCGGCGGAUGCUCCCCGACUGCCCGCAGGGGGCCGGGGGUCUGCCGCCUCCACAGAGAAAGAGGCUGACUGGAGACACCCUCCUAAAUCUGACAAGUUAUAACAUCUCUGAUUACCUGGUUAAAACCUACUCUCAGAUCCUCAAGAAAAGCAUAAAAACCAAGAAGUGGGUAAAUGAAUUCAGAUACGGGGGUUUCUCCCUGGGGGGCAGCUCCACUCAGACCUUAUCUCAGGUGCAUCAUGUCCAAGACUCCAUCACGGCCAUCAGGACUCAAUAUCGAGUUCCACAGAACAGUUCACUGGAUCAUUUGCUAAACAGACUGCCAGAUUUUCUAGGAGGACUGAACAGUCAAAACAAUGUCAAGGUGUGGUACAAUAACAAGGGAUGGCAUUCAAUGGUUUCAUUUGUCAACGUGAUGAACAACGGCCUGCUGAGAGCCAGUCUGGACCCCGGUCCAGAGAGGAGGAAAUACGGCAUCACUGCCUACAACCAUCCGCUCAACCUCACCAAGGAACAACUCACAGAAAUGGCUAUGAUGACCACAUCAGUGGACGUUCUAGUUUCCAUCUGCGUGAUCUUUGCCAUGUCCUUUGUGCCGGCCAGCUUCAUCCUUUUCCUGAUUGAAGAGCGAGUCAGCAAAGCCAAACACCUUCAGUUUGUCAGCGGAGUCAAACCGAUCCUCUACUGGCUGGCCAACUUCAGCUGGGACAUGUUGAACUACACCGUCCCGGCCACCAUGGUGGUGCUGAUCUUCAUCUGCUUCCAGCAGCAGUCGUACGUCUCUGAGACCAACCUGCCGGCUCUCAUCCUGCUGCUCCUGCUCUACGGGUGGUCCAUCACCCCUCUGAUGUACCCAGCAUCCUUUCUGUUCUCCGUGCCCAGCACAGCCUACGUGGUCCUGACCUCCAUCAACCUCUUCAUCGGAAUCAACGGCAGCAUCGCCACCUUCGUCCUGGAGCUGUUUGUUGAUGAGCAUCUGAACGAGGUGAACAGGAUCCUGAAGAAGGUGUUUCUUAUCUUCCCUCAUUUCUGCCUGGGACGAGGACUCAUUGACAUGGCCAAAAACCAGGCCAUGUCCGACGCCUUCCAGAGACUGGGCACAAAGCAGACUCUGGACCCUCUUCAGUGGGACUUUGUAGGGAAGAACCUGUUUGCCAUGGCAGUUGAGGGUCUUAUCUUCUUCAUCUUCACCAUACUGCUGCAAUAUAAGUUCUUCAUUAAUUUCAGGCCGUGGUGGUCCGAGCCUGAGGUGCCUCCUCUUGGUCCAGAGGACGAAGACGUGGCCAGGGAGAGAGAGAGGGUGAUAAGUGGCAAAGCCCAGUCAGACAUCCUAACCAUGUUAGACCUGAGCAAGGUUUAUAAAGCAGGCAAGAUGCCGGCAGUCGAUCGUCUCUGCCUCGGGAUUCCUCGGGGAGAGUGUUUUGGCCUGCUGGGGGUGAACGGCGCAGGAAAGACCUCCACUUUUCGCAUGCUGACCGGAGACACAAGCAUCACCAACGGAGAGGCUUUCCUGAAUCAACACAGUGUGACAACAGAGAUGGAGCGAGUGCACCAGCUGAUGGGUUACUGUCCGCAGUUUGACGCCAUCAGCGACCUGCUGACGGGUCGGGAACAUCUGGAGCUGUACGCCCGCCUGCGGGGAGUUUCAGAGGAGUCUGUCGCCAAGGUGGCGCAGUGGGGAGUGACGAAGCUGGGACUCACCCAGUACUCUGAGCGGGAGGCGGGAGGAUACAGCGGAGGCAACAAGAGAAAACUCUCUACCGCCAUCUCCCUCAUCGGGGCUCCGCCUGUUAUAUUCCUGGAUGAGCCCACCACUGGCAUGGACCCAAAAGCCAAAAGGUUUCUGUGGAACUGCAUCGUCAGCGUCACCAAAGAGGGGAGGGCUGUAGUCCUCACCUCACACAGUAUGGAGGAAUGUGAGGCUCUCUGCACCAGAAUGGCCAUCAUGGUGAACGGCAGAUUCCAGUGUCUUGGAUCUGUACAACACUUGAAGAACAGGUUUGGUGAUGGCUACACCAUUGUUCUCCGUCUGAUGGACAACAUGUCGGAGCCGGCCUCGUGCCCCAUCAGCAGCUUCAUGCAGAGCUCUUUCCCCAGCAUCGAGCUGAAGGAGCGCCACCAGAGCGUGCUGCAGUUCCAGCUGCCCUCACACGCCUGCUGCCUGGCUCGGGUCUUCGAGGUUCUGGCCAACAACCACGAGGAGCUGGGCAUCAUCGACUUCUCGGUUUCACAGACCACUCUGGACCAGGUGUUUGUCAACUUUGCCAAAGAGCAGAAGGAUGACGACGUCCUCACUGAUGUUAUCAUCAGCAACAGUACAGUACAGACCAAACUGACCACUUUGGUUAACAGGGUUAACCCUCCCACCAUCCUUCCACUGCCGCCCAUCACUCCCCCUCAGCCGAGCAAGAGCCCGCAGCAGCCCGCAAAAUCAUCUGGCAGCAAACCCAAGGAGGGGAAAUCAAAAAAUCCCAAACCUGGCAUGGUGAAAUCUAAAGAGGGCAAAGCUAAUUGGGAAAAGAGCAGCAGCAUGGCAAUGACACAAAUACCUCAGAAAGAGGAGAAGGCUCAGAGGACGAGCCGGAGGGCCAGCGGUGGAUCAGACAGCAGUUCUGGUGGAGCUCAGGGAGAAACUAGUCAAUCCAGUAAACGCAAAGCAGAGAGCUCCAGUCAAAAUCCCUCUGCACUGUUCAUAGUCGACGGCAACACACAGGACAGCGCACUGUGAAUUGGACUGCUGUAACACAACAAGAAGUUUUGAACACUUGCUGUACGUUCAUCCGAAUGUUUUUCAGCGCAACAGCGCACAGGGUUAGAAGUGGAAGAGAUGGACUAUGAAAGUUACUGUAGGGGUAAAUGUAUCUCCUCUGAAAAAAGAAAGGUGAGUACCUCAUAAAAUGGCUUUGGUGCCUUGUUCACCUUGUUAACAUAUCUGUAGCUUUUAUACCCUUUUUUGGGUUCAUAAAUAUAACACUGUCUUCUCUUUCUGCAUCAAUGUCAUCAAUCCAAAGUUAUAGAAAAUAUUAUGCAAGGCUCAAUGUAAAAACAAGGGGUGGCGUUCCUCAGGGCUCAAUCAUUAGACCUCCCACAAUCUCAUCUUUACUUUGCAAAAAACACUUUAAAAAAAAAGAGAAUGCUGCAAAUGCUCAAACAAUGACUGAAGAUCAUGCGUUACAUUAAAUGAUUAUGAGGAUUUUAUGUAUUAAAGCAUUUAAGGGGUUGUUUCACAACAAUAUGCAGUAUAUCUGUAUAGAAUUGUUACUGCGGGUUCAUUGUGAAAUACCUCAUACAUAUUAAAUGAUGAACUUGACAAGUUUUUUUUUUAAUUAAACAUUUAUUUUGUCUUUUAUCUGUCAAAAGAUUUAUUUUUAUUUUUUGUGUGGGUAACAGCCACUGUUGAAACCGAGGGUAUUGUUUAUCACUAAUUAGGGCAUAUUUGGCUUUUGUAUUUUAACAGUAUAAGUCACAUUUGAAAGCAAACUCAUAAACUUCCUGCACAGAUCUUAAAGGUAGAGUAGGUCAUUCACUUCAGAAAAACUUUUUGUUAUAUUCCAUGGAAUGCUCUUAACAUCCCGAUAGCAAUGAAUA